UACCUGUGUGAAUGAAGCGAUUCGACACUGGAACUUAGCGAGCUCACAUUCUGGGCUUUUUUUCGCUGGAGUUUUUCCACAGCGGCCAUGGACUUAACGAGGAAAUGGCUGCUGUGGUGACCACGUAGAGAUAUUUUGCGUUCUGUGUUUGUUUUUGUAUUUUUAUUUCCGUCACAAGGAGGAAGCACUCAGUGCUGCCGUUAGCCUAUGCUAACUCGCGUUCAGUUUCGCUGCCCUGCGGUUUUCCUGCUCUCGUUUAUGGAGGAAUUAACGCAGACCCGGUCGAGUUAAACCAUGGAGUGUUGACGGAGUUGAAGAGUGCACUAACAUCGGAAACCUUCGCUACAAAACACUUAUGCCAAAGUCAGAGGUGUCUCACUACUGCUUGUAGCAUGUUAGCGGUUUGGCUAGUGAGUGUCAGGUGAUAUUGAACUCUGAGUGGAGAGAUAUCAUUUGAAUUAAGUUAAAUUAACUGAUAAAAUAGAUUAAAUAUAAUAUUUGCAUCCCUUCUGGUUGGUUUUAUACCUAACAGGCUGAUUCAGGCUAAAAUUUAGUCGUUCAGCUGUCAGCGUUAGCGCGUUUGCUGUUGAAACACGGUUUGUUUACAGAUCUAAAAAUAUUCGCAUCCCAGUAACGUUUUCAUUGAAGUGCUAUUGAACCAUUUGCUGGACAUUUAUCUCUCUACUGUCGUUUUUUAGACUCAAUAUAAUGUAAAAGCUGCUUCAGGCAAGCUGACAUACCUAUGCUAACAUUAGCUGAAGUUGUAUGGUUUAAAGCCAAAUCCAUUUGUCAGCGUUCUUUUAUUUAAACGAGUAUUGCUUACAGAGGAUGCUUAGUGUUUUUCCUCCUCCAGCUGUAGAGGUUAGCUACUGCCAUACAGGAAAAGUUGUGAGAAUAUUGUGACUGUUUAGGCCUGGAGAUGGCUGUAGGAUAAAUAAAUCAGCAGUGAGUUAAGAUAUAAAAACUCUAUAAACAGUGUAAUAUAUACAUAUCUUUUGUUGGGGAACGGGAAAGGUUUACAGAUUUGUUCAGAACAACUAGAAAUCAAAUUCUCAGGACUCUGAAGCUGUAUACCAUAUUUACAAUAGUUACAAAGCAUAGAAAGCCAAUGAAGAUGUUAAAACUUACUGCCUGUCUUUUCUCUGCUUUGCCUAUAAUAGUAUAAAGAUUGCAGGUGUUUGUUGAUCUUAUACAUAUCCAUUAUCAUCUCAAAUAUAGUAUAGCCCCCUAAACAAAAACAGAUUUUUAUUUGUGUUUUUUAGAAAACUCAUAUUAGGCUACGUUAUCUAAAUCAGACAAGCGUCUCAUGCCUUAUUAACACGCCACAGAUAGGUUAAAAUGACCAUAUUCAAAAUAGCCUGUUGAUCUUAAGAAUGUCAUCAGAACAGCUCGUUUAUUUAUGGAAUUGUGUUUGUUUAAAGUGCUGGAAAGUCAUACAGAAACCAAACCAAGCAGUUUUGAUGAUUCCUCAGGAUGAAUGUUUUCAUGUAGCCCUUGGGUCACAGUUGUGCCAAAAACUCUUGAUGAACUGCACUACAAACAGGGGUCUGCUGGAGGAGCAUGCAAACAAACGGCUGAUACUAAAAGAACGCAGGUCUCAAGUUGUUCUGGAACGUCUCGCUUUCUGCUAAUUUUUUCAUUCACCAGUCCGAGAAAGUCCAUCCUGAGGUUCCCAAUGGAAGUACCGCACUAGAAACUUUGACAAGGGAACUUCGAGAACUCUGGGUUGUCUCAUCCAGAAUCGAUAAGAUGGGCUCUCAGGCUCUUCAGAUAUUGCGGCAGGGAGUGUGGGCCUCUCUAACCGGAGGAUGGUACGUGGACCCUCAUCAGAGUACCUUCUCGAACUGCUUUCAUCUCUACCUCUGGAUAUUCCUCUUGGCCUUCCCGUUUCUUCUCUACAUGGCCCUUCCUGCCAGUUUGGUGGUGGCUGGUGUGUACUGCGCUGUGAUAGCGGCCUUCUUUACGGCCAUAAAAGCAGUGAACUUCCGACUACAUGCCAUGUUUGACCUGGGUGAGAUUGUGGAGAAGAGGCAGGCCUCGUUCACCACAGACCCCAAUAGAGUAGAAGAAGGAGAGGAAGGCUCUGCCGCUCACGAUGGAAGUCAACGCAGGGACAGUGGUGUCGGUGUGGAAAUGACGGUGUUCCGAAAGGUGAACUCCACCCCUCCUGUACGCUGCAGUUCCCAGCACUCACUAUUUGGGUUGAACCAGGUGUCGGAAUUUUUACCACAGCUCGAAGACCCUGGAGGCUCAAAGGAUAUUAAAGAGCUCAUGCAGGAGCAAGGCAGUAAUAAUGUGAUCGUGACCUCUGCACAUAGAGACGUCCUUCGACACAACUCUCAGGACAACACUAGUGUGGCGCCUUCCUGCUUGGCUGGGGAUUACAGAGGGCUAAUUGGUGUGGGCGAUGUAUUAUCAGGAGGGUUUAGUAGCCUGCAUCCAACAAAUUGUCCUUCCAUCCCACCAUCUCCAUCCAGCCAAGAAGAUGGAGAUGAGAAGGACCAGAUGGAUAAUGGGGGUGUGGAGCAGCUAUCUCAGCAGAGCCCUGAUGGGGAUGGUCUAGGAGGAUACUCCCCGCUUGGGCCUUCGGCUGAGUCUGAGAGUCUGGGCGAUGCUCCUCUCAGCCCUCUCAUCAAGAGCAGCUUGAGCGAGGAGCUAAGUGAAAACUUGUUGGGCUUGGGCCUUGACCCCGUCACUUUUGCCCCUGGUGCUGAGCACCCAGGCAGCCGCACCGGGGUGGCCCUGGCUGCAGGCUCCACCGACAGCUGCUUCAGUGGAGGUGGAGCGGCUACAGACAGAGAGACUCUUAGUACGGUCAGUAGCUACCGCAGUGAGAAAACGGACUCAACCCAGCUUGAGAGCCCUUCGCUGGGCCAGACGCAUAAACUCGUGUCUAACGCUCCUUCCACAGCUUUGCCUCAGGGUAAAGGCCUCUAUCAGCAGCCUGGAGAUGUGCUCCAGGGCGGUAGUGACACAGAUGACCUGUCAGACAGCGUGCUGCUACGCUCACCCUCCAAAGAGCUCUCCUCUGGGCAGGGCCUGGACAGAACUCUAGUGGAGGGGGAGGAUCUUCCCCCUUUGCUUACGGACAUUGCACAGUCCACCUUGCAGGACUCAUCACCGUCUAGCAGCGGGCCUUCUGAGACCUGCGAUCUUGAUGGUGGCAUUCCCAUACCCCCUCUUCCUCCUCCACGCCAGGCCAGCUCUGUACCGUCAGGGUUGGGACUGGGCUUGGUCUGCUCAGAGCCUGCUUUGCCGGUUUCUGCCCCGUCCUACCUCCUAGCAGAGCCGCCUUCUCUGCAAGCGCAGCAGCAGGUGGUGCGACCUAAAGAUCUCAAACUGCUACGUGCCGGCGGCAGUGUAGGUCACCGACCCGGUCGCAGGAAAGCUCCCCGCAAACGAGGUGCUGCUGGCAGUAGCAGUUUCGACUGUGGCUCCUACCGCCGGCACCACAACCGUGGCCAACACAGAGACUACAUGCCUGUACGCAAUCGGCUGGGUGCCAAAGCUUACAGCGAGAGCUUGUUCGAGGACUCCAGCGAUGAAGAUGACGGCAGCGACAUGAGUGCAGGCUCUAGUCUUGGAUCCCAACGUCGCUUUAGCUCUGAUGACGAAGACGAUGAUGAAGAUGACGAUUCUAGCUCCUCUACCUCCUGCUACUCACCCGAUCUGGCGAAUACCGGCAUCGCUUCCCAACCUGUCCCUCCUCAACUACCUAGCCCUGGAGAGGGGGAGGAGCCUGACACAGUAGGACCCUCCCAUUCUCGCAGUGCUCAGCGCUCAGCCAGCACAGCCAGUGCCAAGACUCAUGCCAGAGUGCUCAGCAUGGAUGGCGCCGGUGGAGGCUCCAACAACACAGGGACACUUGCGUCUACUAUGCUACCUUUACCCCUUUCUUCUACUCCCGCCCCACGUCCACUCACCAUCUCUAAAUCAGAUCUGGAGGCUCGGACAGUGCAUUCAGAGGGCUUCUCCAGGGCCCACCAUAGGCUAGACUCUCUUGGAGGCUCCUGGGCUGGGAACCAGACGGGUUGGAGGGCAGGAGAGCUGCUGGAAGAGGGGGCAGUAGGAGGAGCCCCAGAGGAGGGAAGUAAACGUGACUCUGUGAGCAGUGUAAAAAGGACACAGGCCAUUCGCAGGCGUCAUAAUGCUGGUAGCAAUCCCACCCCGCCCCCUUCUGCCAUGGGCUCUCCUCCGAGUCUUCAAGACCUUCAGAGAGUCCGCACUUCCUCUCACUCCCGCACUCGAACGCUCCCCUCUGCUCUGCACUUCGCCGCCUCAUCACUGCUGCUGCUGCCCCGCAGCGGCGUUCACGAGGCAUCCACCUUUGAUGACACUUCAGAGGGAGCUGUGCACUACUUUUAUGAUGAAAGCGGAGUAAAGAGGUCUUAUACUUUUGGACCUGCUGGUGGAGGAUAUGAGGACCCUGUCCAGGAGCGAGAGCGACAGUCACAGUCUUCUAGUUUUACCUCUACUGAUGUCCAAGAGGUGGCGCCAGUGCUGCCCAUGCUGCAGCCCAGACCGGUGGUCCUCCAGGGUAUGCAGGUCCGCAGGGUGCCUCUGGAUAUGGCAGAGUUUGACCUAGAUCACGAGUCCCCUCACGAAUCCCAGGAGAACACACUGAUGAUUGAGGAAAAGGCCAAGCCUAAACAGUAUUACCGUUUCUGGGUGCUGCCAGGGAAAUGGCUAAGAGUUCGUUACGACAGACUUGCUUUGCUAGCCUUACUGGACAGGAACCGACGCGUAGGAGAGAAUGUGUUUGCAGUGGUUUUGGCUAGCUUAGUGGCGUUCCUUGGCUUCCUGUUGCUUCUCCAGGGCUUCUUUAGGGACAUCUGGGUCUUCCAGUUCUGCCUAGUCAUUGCCAGCUGUCAGUACUCCUUGCUAAAGAGUGUGCAGCCCGAUGCAGCAUCUCCGAUGCAUGGCCAUAACUGGAUCAUCGUGUACAGCCGACCAGUGUAUUUCUGCUUGUGUUGUGUGCUGAUCUGGGUGUUUGACCUGGUUGGCCAUUCAGACAGUAUGCGGCCUUUCACCCUCUACGGGGUCACCUUUUUCUCAGCCCAUUUUCUGCUCUGCGCAAGAGACAUGCUCAUAGUUUUCACUCUCUGUUUUCCCGUCAUCUUCCUGUUUGGGCUUCUACCUCAGGUCAACACGUUCCUCAUGUGUUUAUUGGAACAGGUGGACAUGCACAUUUUCGGUGGAACUGCAACCACAAGCCCCCUGUCUUCAGUCUAUAGUCUGUUGCGCAGUAUAUUGGUGGCGGCUCUGGUUUAUGGAUUUUGCCUCGGUGCCAUCAAUGCUCCGUGGGGAGAGGCACAUGUCCCGGUGCUCUUCUCUGUGUUCUGUGGCCUCCUCCUGGCCUUGUCCUAUCAUCUGAGCAGGCAGAGCAGUGACCCAACCAUCCUCUGGUCUCUGGUCCGCUCCAAGUUCUUCCCAGAGCUGGAGAGCAGAACGCCAGAAGAGCCGCCAUUAGAGAUUAAAGAUCCUCUCCCAGAGAAACUGCGCAACUCUGUGAAAGAGACUCUUCACUCAGAUCUGGUCAUGUGCCCUCUUAUGGCCAUUAUCACCUUCGCCAUUAGUGCCAGCACCGUCUUUAUUGCUCUGCAGCCUGCUCUCAGUUUUGUCUUGUACAUCUUGGCUGGAGUGGUGGGGUUCUUCACGCACUACCUCCUGCCUCAGCUUCGCAAACAGCUGCCCUGGUUCUGCUUGGCCCACCCUGUGCUGCGCUCCAGAGAAUACAGCCAGUUUGAGGUCCGAGAUGCUGCUCAGCUCAUGUGGUUUGAGAAGCUGUAUGCUUGGCUGCAGUGUGUGGAGAAGUAUUUCAUCUACCCAGCUGUCGUGCUCAACUCCCUCACCACUGAAGCUCACACUGUCAGCCAAAACCCUGACAAACCUGGAGCCUAUGGCCGUGCUCUGUUCAUCUCAGUGGCUGGAAUGAAGCUGCUUCGUUCGUCUUUCUGUGUCCCGUCUCAGCAGUAUGUCACUCUGUGCUUCACCGCCCUCUUCUUCCAAUUCGACUACCCACGCUUUUCACAGACGUUCCUCCUCGACUACUACUGCAUGUCCAUCCUCUUCAGCAAGCUGUGGGAUCUGCUGUAUAAGCUGCGUUUUGUGCUGACCUACAUUGCACCUUGGCAGAUCACAUGGGGUUCUGCUUUCCACGCCUUCGCUCAGCCAUUCGCCGUUCCCCACUCAGCCAUGCUGUUUGUGCAAGCUGUGUUUUCAGCUCUCUUUUCCACUCCUCUCAACCCUGUCCUGGGCAGCGCUGUUUUCGUUACUUCAUACACUCGUCCUGUGAAGUUCUGGGAGCGAGACUACAACACCAAACGGGUGGAUCACUCCAACACUCGUCUGGCCACACAGCUGGACCGCAACCCUGGUGCUGAUGAUAACAACUUGAACUCUAUCUUCUACGAGCAUCUGACGCGCUCUCUGCAGCACUCGCUGUGUGGGGACCUUCUGCUGGGUCGCUGGGGAAACUACAGCACUGGAGACUGCUUCAUCCUGGCCUCCGACUACCUCAAUGCUCUCGUACACAUCAUUGAGAUCGGCAACGGCCUCGUCACUUUCCAACUUAGAGGCUUGGAGUUCAGAGGAACAUAUUGCCAGCAGAGGGAGGUGGAGGCGAUCACUGAAGGGGUGGAGGAAGAUGAAGGCUGUUGCUGCUGUGAGCCAGGUCAUCUCCCCCACAUGCUGUCCUUCAAUGCAGCCUUUGGUCAGCGCUGGUUGGCUUGGGAGGUGGCAGCCACUAAAUACGUGCUGGAGGGCUACAGCAUUAGCGACAACAACGCAGCUUCCAUGCUUCAAGUGUUCGACCUGCGGAAAAUUCUCAUCACAUAUUAUGUCAAGAGUAUAAUCUAUUAUGUAACCCGCUCGCCCAAACUGGAGGAGUGGUUGGCCAAUGAGACAGUACAGGAAGCGCUGCGACCGUGCCUCAGCCCUUCCUAUGUGGAUAGCGACCCUACCUUCAAUCUGAAUAUAGAUGAAGACUACGACCACCGUGCUUCCGGCAUCACUCCCUCUUCCUUCUGUCUGGUGUACCUGGAGUGGAUCAAAUACUGCAACAGCCGCAGACAAACGCCAGUUGAGAGUGAGAAGGAUUCCCCUCUGGUCACACUGUGUUUUGGGUUGUGUAUUCUGGGCCGUCGAGCUCUGGGUACAGCCUCCCAUAGCAUGUCAGCCAGCUUGGAGCCUUUUCUCUACGGCCUUCAUGCCCUGUUCAAGGGCGACUUUCGUAUCACCUCUCCUAGAGACGAGUGGGUUUUUGCAGACAUGGACCUGCUGAACAGGGUGGUGGCUCCAGGUGUACGAAUGUCCCUCAAACUGCACCAGGAUCACUUCACCUCUCCUGAUGAGUAUGAGGACCCAGUGGUGCUGUACGAUGCCAUCACUGCUAACGAAGAGAAAAUGCUGAUCUCUCACGAGGGCGAUCCUGUUUGGCGCAGCGCUAUUCUGGCUAACAUGCCUUCUCUGCUUGCUCUCCGACAUGUUAUGGAUGACGGCAGUGACGAGUACAAGAUCAUCAUGCUGAACAAACGCUUCCUCAGCUUCAGAGUCAUCAAGGUGAACCGGGAGUGUGUGCGCGGGCUGUGGGCCGGACAGCAGCAGGAGCUGGUUUUCCUGCGUAACCGGAACCCUGAACGCGGCAGCAUCCAGAAUGCCAAACAAGCUCUGAGGAAUAUGAUUAACUCGUCCUGUGACCAGCCCAUCGGAUACCCCAUCUACGUCUCCCCACUCACCACUUCCUACGCAGGGGCCCAUGUUCAGCUACGUUCGGUCUGGGGAGGCCCCAUCAGCCCCCAUAACAUUUACACCUGGUUCAUCAGCAGCUGGGACAGGCUUCAGAAGGGUUGUGGUGCCGGAUGUAACAGUGGAGGGAACAUUGAGGAUUCAGACUGUGGUGGCGGCUCUACCUCCAUCAGUAACAACCCUGCAGCUCAUCCUCCCCAGAACACAGCGUCCAGCAUCUCUCAGCCUCAUCCCACUACUGUACAGCCCUCGAUGGGGACUGACAACCCUGUUGGACCUUCCUGGCCACUGCAUCCCCAGCCCCUCCCACUUGCCCUGCUUAGCCAAUCAGAGGGCAGGAUGGAUGCAGGGCUGGUUAGCUCCUUGCACCGCACCUCUUCCAUCCAUGGGCUUUUAGGACAACACCUGUCUAGCUCGCAGCUAUCUUUCAGUAGUUCGGUGGCCCUGCCGCCUGCAGACCGCUUUUGCCCCAGUAGCCUGCAGGACAACCCCAGUCACAGGGCGUCUCAGAGGGGCCUAAGCCUGGGCCAGGGCAGCGGGCUGCCCUAUGAGGCCCUGUACAGCAAAUGGAGUCUGCCAGGGAGGAAGGGAUUCAACGGACCUGCUGUAAUGGAAGGGGACGGCACAGCAUCACAGAGCAUACGCACACAGCCUUCGCAGCCUCCCCUCCCUGUCCUGCCCUCUGACAUCAGCCCAACACUGGAUCCAAUGGGAGCAGUCAUACCCUCGGAGACCACGCCCCUUACAUCAUCAGACCCGCCCAGUGCACGGGAGGAGUCUACAGAACUGCCUUUACUUGAGCACCUCCGCUGAGCCUGCACAGCACGACCAGUACAGCUGGGAUCAGACGAACCCAUGGCCAUCCUGAGAGAGCGAGCCGGGAGGAAUUCAAGCUGACCUUAUCAACCCUUUUUAUAAUUAAAGCAUCUUCAGCAAGUAUCCUUAAUAAACACAUCACCAGAUGCAGAAGCACACUAAAAGAGUGCUGCAUUAAGUAAUGAACUCCAGACUGAGCUCUCCUAAGCUUCUUGGCUACUCUUCUUUGGCUAGCCAACCAAAAUUGGCCAGUCAGUGCAAUCUUAAGGGAUUUCUUCCUUUUUUUUUUUUUUUUCUUCCUUCUCGCAUAGGGUCGGGUCAAAGCGAAUCUGUGACCUGUACCACCAGCAGUAACAAAAAGGGAACUCUCCUCUCCUCUGUAGCAGCCUUAAACCUACUCAAGCUUUUGUUUUUACCUUCCCUCUGUUCAAAAGCAACAUAAACCACUGUCCUUUUAAGACCAAAGGACUCGAAUUUGAUUCCCCCUCACUGAGCCGUCAUUUCGUAGCUCACACAUUCCAGCAAAGACACGCGAUCGUCUCGGCAGCCCAUCACACGUGCUCACGCUCUUAAACGACAACCACGACCGUUCUUCAGCGAGCUUCAGGGAAUAAAAGACUUGAAAAUACUCGCUCACAUGCAACACUUCCCUUAGCACCUGGUGCUCCCUACAUAGUUUACAGCCGGCUCAGGUGAGGACGGAGAGGCCUGAGAUUUCUAAGACGGAGUAGACGUCAUCAUUUUCUACCGUCUCAAUUCCCAAACUGCUCCCUAACGACGGGCUCUGAUGGUGACGUAGAGGGCUGGAGCACGUGAGGGCUUCCUGGCCUCCCAUCAGGCUUUUUCCUGCUGCUGCAAGUGCCUGCAGUUUGUCUCCCUCUACUGCAAUACUACUGCUACUGCACCAUCCCUUCUACUACUAAUAGAACUAACCAAACUACUGCUUCGACUUCUAAACUCCAGCGUUUUAGUUGGAAGAACUUGAUGGGAAAUAAAACAAUAAAGAUGUACCUAUAAAAGAUUUCUCAAAAGGAGAUGGAUGGAGUGGCUGUUUUUGUGCUGAUAGUAGCUGGACAUGAGUGAACUGUAACCUUUGCCCCCAUUCUUGAAUCCACCUGAUCAUGACUAGCUAAUUCCCUACCUGUGUGUUAUACAACUGGAAAGUUAGAUGUCAUAAAUAUCUGCUGUUGGGCGAACAAGCUCAGACCGCCUGCUGUGGAAAGCAGGGCACUUACUGCCUCUACAACAACAACAAACAUAUCAAAUGCUCACAGUCAAACAAUACACCACUGACAUUAGCUUGGAAUAGCUGCGGCGUGUCGACGUUAAGAAGCUUGAAAUUUCCCACGAGCUGUUUAAAGUGGUUUUCUGAUUCAGAAAGCCGUUCAGCGCUUCUUCACCAUACAGUUUCCUAGCUUAAAAUGAUUGACGUGGCUGUGCUUUGUGUCGAACGAUACGGUUUGAGAGUCAGCAUGCGGGGGCCGCCGUUGGAAAAUGGUGCCUUACGAUUUGGUGUUCGGGUGGAAGAGAAGGAUUUUUGCUGGAAAUUUUACACUGGUUCCACAAAUGCCGUUUUUAUACAAAAUAAUGCGUUUUUCUUUUUGCUGAGAGGCCCCGUUUGUAUGUAAUUUGCUUCGUUUAGUGCCAGUAGAGGCGGUUCACUCCGAAUUGAUCAUGCUCACGUAUACCACCGAUUGUUAGUAGGCUUAUAACACUGAAAGUAUAGAGUCUCUCCGCCCGUCACAGACCAUAUCACAAGUUGUUUGAACACUAAUCACCACCACGCAUUGUCUAGGCCAUCUCAAAUCUCUCGUGUAGUUUUUGACUUCUUGCGAUGGACUUCAGUAGCUAUCGAGCGUUUGUUUCGAGGCCGUUCCAUCAGGACCAUUUCUCUCAUCUUUAGGGUGAUUUUUUUUUCCAAAGCAACAGGGAGUACUUCUCUUACUGGGAGAAAGCACAAGUUACUGGAUAGUCUUGGGUGUCAGUGAUUUAAAAGGGAUCUAACCAAUCUCUGCCAUAUAUGUACAGCAUGUUUUGUAUAUAAAUAUAUUUAAAAAUAUAUAUAUAAAUCUAUUUUAUUAUUAUUGGAUUUCUGGUUAUUUUUCAAUGGAGGACACUACUUUGAGUCUUAGGGGAGUCACGCUUCGGUGUAUAUCUGUGCUUGCGGAGGGGUCCGACUCUCUCUCUUUCUCUCUCUCGACAUAGAAUCAUGAAGUCUGGGGAAUGAAUCAGUUAAUACUGCUUUUGCACAACUAUUGUAAAAUAGUACACAACAUCCUGUAUUUUUUCUUUUUUAAUUUUAGUUAUAUGGGGGAUUGUUUUAUUUAAAAACUGUUAUUCAAUAUUCAAAGUUAUGUACAGUUUUUUAUGUGAUUUUUCUUUUUCCCCUCCUAUUUAAAUUAAAGCUUUUUUGUGUCA